AUGGCGCCUCAGCAGGCCCUCGUCAACCUCUCGCCGGCUGAGCUGUCGUUUCUGCGCUCCGCCCUCUCACAGACGCCGCCCAUCCGCCUCGAUGUCACCAAAGGGCCCCGCGACUUUCGCUCUAUGCGCGCCGAGUAUGACGUACUGCCCAGUGCAAACGGGAGUGCGCGCAUCGCGCUCGAGGAUGGGACCGAAGCGCUCGUAGGAGUCAAGGCCGAGGUGGACAAGUCACGGCAGCGCCCGACGCUGGGGGAGCCCGAGGAUGUAGUCAUGGGCGACGGUGAAGAGACAGACGACAGCAAGGGCAAGGGCCAGAAUGCGUGGGUCGAGAUGAGCGUCGAGGUGCCCGGUUUCCGUGAAGACGACGCCUUGCCUGUGUUUCUCUCUUCGAUGCUCACCGAGAGCUUGCUUGCCAGUGGAGAGCUCAAAGAUCGCCUGUACAUCAACAGACGCUUCCAUUGGAAGCUCUACGUCGAUAUCCUGCUACUGUCACCCCCGCUCUCGUACCCGCUCGCCCUGCUUUCCAUGACCACCCAUCUCGCCCUGCUCACUACGCUCCUACCAGCCCUGAAGUCUGAAAAAGACGAAGACCCACUGUUCGACGAUGACUGGGAUGCCGCUGUACCUCUAUACCCCAAGCAGGCCGGUACCAACAAGACUGCUCCCCAGCUAGGGAAGCCACCAGUCAUCAUACUCGCCAUGGCAGUGGGAUCAAACAUCAUCUUUGAUCCCGCCAAGGAGGAGCUUGCAGUAGCAGACGCAGUGCUCGCAAUCGCAUGCACCAACUCGACAACGUCGUCCACUGGCGCACGCAUCGUCUCGAUACGGACCAUCGAUCCCCCGUCUCAUCUCACCCCACCAGGCGUACCCAACUCGAUGAACUCAGCGACUGGCGGCACUGCUCCUACCUCCAGUGCUGAUGCGCUCACUCAACGAGAAUUACUGGCGACUUCAGGCGUUUGGACACCACCCCGGGGCGGCAUGAAGAGGGGACUAAUAUCGCAGGUAACAAAGAUGGUGGUAGAAAACGGAGGUGUUGCAGAAGAAGUCAUCGGCGCAUUGGCUGCGAUUGAGGUUGGCUGA